GUAAUCGGGGAAGCUUUCUUUCUCUUUAAUAGCUGUUUAAUUCACACGUCAUUGAAUUUUCUUAUAUAAAAGGAUUGGAAUUUUGUUGGAUCUUCCGUAAAGGUUUUUGCAGAUUUUGCCGAGGUGCAGGGAAAACAAAGCUGUGCUGUUGUAAGAAAAAAUCAGUGCUUGUUUGAAGAACAACUGACUUGAUGGGAAAUGAGCACUCCAAUGAUAGGAAUAAGGGAAAAGCAUCCAUUAAUCCUAAAAAGAAUGGAAGAACAUCCGAUCCUCCUCCAAAAAACGGAAGUACAUCAUCCAAUCCUCCUCCAAACACUGAAAGUCCAUCAUCUGAUCCUCCUCAAAAUAGCAGGCCUUCUCCUCCAAUUCAUGAACCAGAGAAGAAGCUUGGUAAUAUGUGGUAUUCAAGGAUUGGAGACCACUAUAAUUCAUUAUAUGAGGUUACUGAAGCUCUAAAACGUGCUGGUCUGGAAUCUUCCAACCUAAUUGUGGGAAUUGAUUUCACUAAGAGCAAUGAAUGGACAGGGGAGAAGUCGUAUGGUGGUCAAAGCUUACACCACACUGGAAAUGGUCAGAAUCCCUACGAACAAGCAAUAUCUAUUAUAGGGAAAACUUUAGCGGCUUUUGAUGAAGACAACUUGAUCCCAUGUUAUGGAUUUGGAGAUGCCUCAACCCACGACCAGGAUAUAUUUAGUUUAUCUCAAAAUGGCGCACCUUGCAAUGGAUUUGAGGAAGUCUUGAGCCAAUAUAGAUUCAUUCUUCCACAUCUGAAACUGGCAGGUCCAACAUCUUUCGCACCGAUAAUUGAAAUGGCAAUGACUAUUGUUGAGAAGAGUGGAGGACUGUAUCAUGUCCUACUCAUUAUUGCAGAUGGACAGGUUACUGGAAGUGAAGAUACUGAAGGAGGCAAGUUAAGUCCGCAAGAGAGGAAGACUGUUCAAGCACUUGUUGAUGCUAGCAAGUUUCCGUUAUCGAUUAUUUUGGUUGGUGUUGGAGAUGGCCCGUGGGACAUGAUGAAGGAAUAUGACGAUUAUAUCCCUGCUCGUGACUUUGACAAUUUUCAGUUUGUCAAUUUUACAGAGAUUAUGUCCAAAGAUGUGGAACCGUCAAAAAAAGAGGCAAAAUUUGCUCUUUCAGCAUUGAUGGAAAUCCCCUUCCAAUAUAAAGCAACCAUGGAGCUUAAUUUGUUAGGAGAAAGGAAAGGAUACCAUCCCGAUCGGGUAGCUCUUCCUCGUCCUUUCUGUGUUCCUUCUGCUCCAAGCACUAGUUAUGAACACCAGGUACCUACAUCUCUUUAUUUGCAUGUGUUUAACAACUUUUAUGUCAUAUCUUUUAUUUUUCAUUUUUCGUUUAUCUGUCUCUGGUUCUUAUUACAGAUUUGUCCAAUUUGCAUUGCUAACCCAAAUGACAUGGCUUUUGGUUGUGGCCAUCAGACAUGCAGUGAGUGCGGCCAAGAGCUUACAGCAUGCCCAAUUUGUCGCGGUGAUGUUGAGAUCAGAAUUAAGCUCCAUUAAGUUAUUGGUUUUGAACUUUGAAGGGAUCCAUACGGAUUUGUCCCAAUUAAUUUGGUUGUGUAUUUUCUUUUAUUGUUUUUGAGGAAUUAAUUAAUUAUUGGUGAACUCAAACUGAAGGCAGUGGGGAUUGGAUUGAUAUUAUUGUAAGUGUGAGUCAUAUCUACUAUAUCUUUUGAUAUUGUUUGGCAGAACAUCGAAAAUGGGGUUGUUUUUGUGUAUUAAUUAAUGGGUUGUUUUAUCAUUUAUGUUUGUCCAAAUAAGGAUAUACGAUGUAAAGUCAAAUUUAUAUUUAUAUAAAAAACUUUCUUUU